AUGCAGCAAAUUUAAGGUUUUCUUCAAAAUACCUAAAACGACUUUAAAGCUCUCAAAGCUUCUUUUAGUAAGAAAUAUUUGAGUGAGCAAUGUACCCCUAAGCAAUUCUUGAAAAAUAUUCAAUAUAAUGUCGAGGUUUCAAAUCUCAUCAAAAUUGUCAAGACAUGUUUCUAUCAUGAGAAUAUGAAUUUUUGCCCAAUAAUAGUCUAAAUCUAGGAUCCGCAAAUUAUGAAAGUACUUGGAAACUCAAUGUAUCUGAUGGUUUACAAUAGACAAGGCAAACUAGUUUACCAAAGAAGUUUAAAAUAUGAUCUUGUGAGUUGGAACAUAUUCCAUUAAUAUCUAGUCAUAAAAUUAGACCCAAGAGAAGGCGAAACUCACAUACUCUAGGUAAUCUUCUUAGAGAAGGAUGCAGCUAUUCUGAAGAUUAAAGAUUUUGCACCGAACGAUACUUAUCGAUACCUUGGGGUGAAUAAUGAAGUCUUCUAUUAUGGUUCAGAUAACAACAUAAAGAUGAUUGACAUUAAGAAGAAUAUCGGAAACGGUUAGAUAAUGGAAAUUGAGAUUGGGGAGCCAGGAAUUGUCAACUAUGAUAUUCCUUAUCCCAAUAGGCUAUUAUAAUUCUUAGAGAAUGGGUAUUCUAAAGAUGACUAAUACAUGUUAUGUGCUAUCGAAACAGAAGAUAAUCAAUUUGAUUUUACAAGAGAAGUCGUGCCUAGAGAACUUAGAUAAGAUCCAAUAAAGACGUUCUCAUUUGUCAUUAAAGCAAAUGAAUUCUUGUACGGAGUAUCUGUUAGGAAAUCAGGUCAGGCUGAUUUCUAUUGGAAUUACACAAUGGUAAACUCCUCUACCUCAGAUGAACUCUUCGAGGAAACAUAGACUAAUUUUGACUCAAUAUUUUUAAAGCAUUCUUAUUCCAAUAUGAUAUAUGAAGUGGAUCUAAAGAAUGAUAUUAGAGUCGGUACAGAUGUAGCUGUUAACUAUACUUUUAUGGAUAACUACUGGGAUGGUAGAAAAUACAGUUUGAUAAGAGAUCAUGUGAAGUUGUUCACCUCCUUCACCCUUGCUAACACAUCUUUGUUCGUCAGUUACCUAAAUUUCGUGUCAGUUUACGAUGUGAUUUCAAAGCAGUUUAGACAGCAUUUAGUAUUCAAAGACCAAUGUAUGAAGCUCUUCAGAACUGAAAGAACUGACUAUAACUCUAGUUAAGGAGGCUAGUUAAGCAAUGGUAUCAUUGGUGUUCAUCUAUCUAGUGGAGUUGUCGCUUUGAUUGAACCAAAAAUGGAUGAAAUCACAGGAAAUGAUGACUGGCAACUAACUGGCCAUGAAGCUAGAAUAGAUGGUCAAAUUGAAACGAUUGUAUCCGAUACCAGAGAUUUCGCUUCACAUUUCAUUUUUGUUAAUGAUAAUGGUAAAAAGAAGCUCUUUGGAUUCAAAAUCGACACUGUUACAGAAGUAUCUAGCUAAGUUAACUUAAAAAAUGAGCAAUACUUGAUAAAAUUCAUCUCUAGUAACGUAUAAGAAGAUUUUGGAAUGUAUGACACAAAUAAAAGUGUUAUCACUACUUUCAUAAACACCAUUUCCUACAAUGAUUCUUUCACAAUUUAUGAAGGUAGUACAUUCAACCUACCUAAUCCGUUUUAUGUCUAUGGCAAAAUCCAUACAGUUGUUAAAUCAAAGGAAGAAAAGCACUUGUUCAUUUUCGAUGAUUAGAAUCUCUACAUCUAUGACAUUGAGAAAUCAGCGAUCAUUGAUGUCAAAAAGGAUUAAAACAUUAAAAACCUCUAGCUUAUUGAUGACAAGUAUAUUUAUGCUGUAAUGAACAAAAGCAAGGAACUUGGAAGAUAAUCAGGUUUUUACUUUUAGAAUUUGGACUAGUUGAUUAGCAAAAGUGAGUAAGCACAGACUUUCAGACUUAAAAAUGCGCUUGUAGGCUAACUGACUUUUCUCAGUUACUUCAGAAAUGAUGAGAGAAUGGCUUACAUGUCUGACUAUGAGUCAAUUAAGAUCAUUCCUGUCCUACACAGAAACACCAUAUCCUUCUUUGGAAUCAGGAAAAAGGAAAACUACGUUCUCUUUAAGAAAAAUCAGGAUAAAUUGAUUGCACUUGACUAUGAUAAUGUGCUUUCUACAUAUUCAAUUGCUACUGGAAAAAUCUUAAUGAGGCACAAAUUGGCUAAUCCUGUAAUUAAAAAAUCUCAGAGGAUUUGGGCUAGUGAUCCUGCUGAUAUAACCUAUAAGAAUCCUUAUUAUUACCCAAGAACACUACUUUAUGACUAAGACCCAGUCACAGAUGUAAACGAUGAGGAAUACUUUGAUGAGAGACUCAAGUGUGAUCUUGAAAAAUGUACAGCAUACACUAAGAUACUUUAGAAGAACUUCCACAAAUUUUCAGUUAUUGAAAUUAUGAGUGAGACAGAAGUUAAAAUUCAUUAUGAGUUUAUCCAUGUAAUCUUCUAAUCUGAGCCCUUCUAGAGAAUCUAUAUUUCAGAUGACUUAGAAUACAUGAUAGAAAGACUCUAAAAUCAAAGAGUGUUCAUGUAUAGAGCUAUCAAGUCAGCAACUGAAGGACAAAUUAAGUGGGUUAUCAUUAGAAGGAUCAAAUAAUUCCCCAAAGAUAUUUCAGAUUUCUCCGGUUACAAUUAUCUCUUCUCACCCAAUCUUUAGUACUAUUUGGACUUUGAUUUUAAUGAUGCUUGCUACUAAAUCAAGAAGACAAUCGAUCAGACUAUUUAUAGAGAAAUACCAAGGGGACUGCUCACCACUGAUGACAAGUAUCUCUUAGCCAGAAAGUUUAUGUGGAUAGAUAACUUUAGAAUAAGACUAGUCAACAUUGAAGGUGUUGAGAAAGUUCUAGACAUUCAUGAUAAUAUGAAGUAAUUAUCUUAUGGAACAGUACCUAUGCUUAACAAUGAUGACUUUAUCAGAGCAGGAUAAAACCCAAGUGAAGUAGGAAAGGGUCACUUCUUCUAUGAUUAAACAGAGCCAGAUGUCAGCGCAAUUGAGCAAAGACUUAGAAUUAAGUUCCAGGAUUACUUUAGGGCUUAUUUCGUUGAUAAUAAGAAAACACCAGAGUAACUUUAUGAUGUGCUGUUCAAGGUCGAUUAUUCUUAAGAAAAACCCUUGGCAGAUUUAAGUUUUAGUUACUUCCAUUGGAAACUUGCUGAAACUCUUGCUGAAUCUAAAAAGAAAAUGAAGGUUAAAUAGUUCAGUCACGAUGAGAUUAGAUUACUAGUGUUAAAUAUCUUUCCCCUCGGAAACACAAUUACUCAUUUAGCAGUUAAAAACGUUGGAGCUAUCAGAAAAAUAUAUCAAAUUGUUAGAAAUUUAAAUACUGAAGGUCGCAAAUUCGAAAUCCCUUUCAUUAAUAAUUUCCUGAACUAAACCCCUUUACAUCUGUGUAUGAUCGGCCAGAACUACAAAUCUGCUGAUCUUAUUCUCUAAAACCUUAUAGACACACCUCUUGACUCUCAUAUUAGAGGUAUUUUAGAUGUACUUCCAGAUUUGAUAAAGAACGAUAUUCCUUCAUUGAAAGAUUAUCUUGAUGGACGUUUUAUUCAGACUGACUAGAUUAAAGCUAUCAGAAGAGGUGCCAUUAACUAUGCCUUCGGAAACGAAGAGUAUGCCGUCAAUUCCUGCGAACUAUGGCCUGACAGACUUACUGUUGAGGAUAAACUGUUCACAAAGAGUACCCUAGAUGCUGAAAUCAAACUGGAAUUCUUAGAUAUCCCUUCAGUCCACAGUUACACGGGCAAAGUCGGAGAGGAGUUCUUCUAAGCAAUGGCCAAUAGCAAAAACAUGGAUUUGUUUGCUUGCAGAAGUGUCUAAGCUAUCAUCGACUACAAAUGGCCUCUAGUUAGAGAAUAUACUAUUAAGCUUCUUUUCGCUCCAUUUAUCUUCUAUCAUUGUGCCUGGAUCACAUACUCUAAUGUGUUCAAUGGAUAAGUUGCCCAAGAUACAGAUGAGAUCAUCAUAGCUGACAAAGUACUGAGUGCUAUUCUCUAUGUGUUUUCAAUCUACUUCUUAGUAAAUGAAGUCAGACAGAUUUUGAACUAAGGCUUUACUUACAUGAUUUCUGUUUGGAAUUAUACGGACAUAUUACCACCUAUCUUCAUUAUAACAGUGGUAUCUUUACAUCUCAUAGUCUAUUACAAAUCUAAAGAUGAUGAGUCAUACGAUCCAAACAACUUCAUUGAGACUAUUCACAGUAUUGCUUGUCUGCUUAUGUGGGCUAAAUUCCUUUACUUCUUGAGAAUCUUUUACUCAACAGGAUAUCUCAUCAGAAUGCUAUCAAACGUCGUGUGGGACAUGAAGGUUUUCUUGCUUAUUUUGUUCUUAGUCUAUUUCGGUUUUGGAGAGGCUUUCCUCAGACUAUCUGAAAACUCAGACCCUGAGGCCUCAUUCAUAAAGAACUAUGCUUACUGCUGGGUCUACGCAUUCCGUCUCUCCAUGGGAGAUACAGCUGCAGACACUUUCAACGAUACUAUUCAACCAAUUACACUCUGGAUCAUCUGGUGUAUCUGUCUUUUGCUUACCAAUAUUGUCAUGCUAAACAUGCUUAUCGCUAUCAUUGGUGAAUCCUUCGGAACAGUUAAUAGCAUGUAAAAGCAGGCUAACUACCAAGAGAGAUCUAGAAUCAUUGCUGAAAACGAUUUCUUGAUCCCUAAGUACAGAAAGAGAGAAAUGAGAGAUGAGCUUAACUACUUGAUUACUGCCAUUGAAAUAACUGAGUAGGAGGAAAUUGACUCGACGAAGGUUGUUUAAGAUCAAUUUGUGGUCAUUGAAGAGUCACUCAACAAAAUUAAAACUGAAAUCACAGAAAAGCACAAUUCCCUUGAAGGCAAAGUUGACCAAAUUGUUGCUAAGUACUAUAAAAAGAAGUGA